CUAGAUUAGAUUGGAGGAUAUAUAUUGGAGGAUUCAUAUCCCUCCGUCCCCAUUUACACCAAGUCACUAGCAGCACCAAGCCAGCAACAAACUGCAAAGCAUACGCUCAAAGCAGUUUGUGGAGAGGGCCGCCGCCGCCGCCCAGUCCUUCUGGGUUUCCCGACUCCAUCCAUCGCCACCGCCCUCCUCCGCGCUCCGUUUCCUCUCGAUGGACGCAGUCUCCGAGGAAUCACUCCGCAGAGCUCUGGCAGAGAAGCAAUCUGCAAUCGAUGCUCAGGGCAACGCAGUGCGCGCCCUCAAAGCUUCUAAAGCGGACAAGUCUGAACUCCAAGGUGCAAUCGAUGCCCUCAACGCCUUGAAGCUUGGCAAGUCCUCGCUCGAGAAGAAGCUGCAAGCCGCCGUUACCGGCGGCGGGCCUGCCGCCGAGGGCGCCCUAACCAGGGAGGCCUUCCGUCAGGCCGUCGGUAACACCCUCGAGCGACGCUUGUUCUACAUACCCUCUUUCAAGAUUUACGGAGGCGUCGCUGGGCUCUAUGAUUAUGGCCCUCCUGGUUGUGCUGUUAAGUCCAAUGUUCUCUCUUUUUGGCGGCAGCAUUUUGUGUUGGAGGAGAACAUGCUGGAAGUGGACUGCCCGUGUGUGACGCCCGAGGAAGUUCUGAAAGCAUCUGGUCAUGUGGAUAAAUUCACAGAUCUCAUGGUUAAGGAUGAGAAAACCGGAGAUUGCCAUAGAGCUGACCAUUUGCUGAAGGACUUUUGCAAUGAGAAGCUUCAGAAAGAUCUUACUAUAACUGCUGAGAAGUCCCAGGAACUGAAGCAUGUACUUGCAAUGUUGGAUGAUUUCUCUUCUGAAGAACUCGGUGCCAAGAUUAAGGAAUACGGCAUUACAGCUCCUGACACUAAGAAUCCACUCUCUGAUCCCUACCCAUUCAACUUGAUGUUUCAAACUUCCAUUGGGCCAUCAGGGUUGAUUCCUGGCUAUAUGCGGCCCGAAACAGCACAAGGUAUAUUUGUAAAUUUCAAAGAUCUGUAUUACUAUAAUGGCAACAAAUUGCCGUUUGCUGCUGCUCAAAUUGGUCAGGCAUUCAGAAAUGAGGUUAAGCUCCUUCCUUCCGAUGCAAAAAUUUCUCCUCGGCAAGGUCUGUUGAGAGUUCGUGAGUUUACAUUGGCUGAAAUUGAGCACUUUGUUGAUCCUGAAGACAAGUCUCAUCCUAAAUACCUGGAAGUUGAGAAUCUAGAAUUCUUGAUGUUCCCGAGGGAAGAACAGAUGUCUGGACAAUCUGCAAAGACAAUCCGACUUGGUGAUGCUGUUUCAAAGGGCAUUGUCAAUAAUGAAACUCUUGGAUAUUUCAUUGGUCGAGUGUAUCUCUUCCUAACUCGACUUGGCAUAGACAAGGAACGCUUACGAUUUCGGCAGCAUCUGGCAAAUGAAAUGGCACAUUAUGCUGCAGACUGUUGGGAUGCAGAGAUUGAGUGCUCUUAUGGUUGGAUUGAGUGUGUUGGUAUUGCGGAUAGGUCUGCAUAUGACUUGCGUGCUCAUACGGAAAAAAGUAAGGUUGCACUUGUUGCCUCUGAGAAAUUUGCCGAACCUAAGGAAGUUGAGAAACUAGUGAUUACACCUGUGAAGAAGGAGCUUGGCCUUGCAUUUAAGAAACGUCAGAAGAAUAUUGUUGAAGCUUUAGAGGCAAUGAAUGAAAAAGAGGCUAUGGAGAUGAAGUCCUCUCUAGAGAGCAAAGGUGAGGUAGAAUUUUUUGUCUGCACUCUCGACAAAUAUGAGACAAUCAAGAAAAACAUGGUCUCAAUUUCGAAGGAGAAGCGGAAGGAGCAUCAAAGAGUUUUCACACCAUCAGUCAUUGAGCCGUCGUUCGGCAUUGGAAGGAUCAUAUAUUGCCUUUUCGAACACUGCUUCUAUACUCGGCCUAGUAAAGCUGGGGAUGAGCAGUUGAAUGUCUUCAGGUUUCCACCUCUGGUGGCACCAAUAAAAUGCACCGUCUUCCCACUGGUUCAGAAUCAGAAGUACGAGGUGGUUGCUACAGCCAUUUCUAGGUCGUUGACUGCUGCUGGAAUCUCUCACAAGAUUGAUGUUACAGGGACCUCAAUUGGGAAACGAUAUGCUAGAACCGAUGAAUUGGGUGUACCCUUUGCAAUUACUGUGGAUUCAACAACUUCAGUUACAGUCCGAGAAAGAGACAGCAAAGAUCAAAUCCGAGUAAACGUCGAAGAGUUGGCAGCAGUGAUGCGAUCGGUAACCGAGGGACAAACUACAUGGACUGAUGUUUGGUCACGUUUCCCCCAUCACUCGGCUGGAUCGACCAAUGAGUCCGAGGAUUGAGUCCUCACAGUCACAGGGUACAACACUAAUUUGUUCAGGCAUACAGCUGGAGUCUUCAAAUCUUAAUUCCUGUUUCUCUCCAUACUGUUUUUUGCACUUGUUGCCAUGAUGGAUUAGACGCUGCCUAGUUUUGAACUAUGUUUUGGACUGAUAUUUUAGAACUUCUGUGAGCCAAGGUUCUUGUUUCCAGCUGUUAAAUGUAGAGGGAUACACCAGCCUUCAGACGUCCACCGAGUUGUCUUUUCACCCACAAAUCACAAUCGCAGCGCAUUGUUGUAACCGAUUAGGUCAACGCCGACGUUGAUAUCAGAUUGGUAGAUAUUCCAGUGGCAUUUGUGGGAACACCGGCGACUUUCUCAGCGCAACGACAAAAGCUGAGCAGCUACAACUAGGGAGGAUGACAAUGGGUCGGGUUGGAGCGGGUUAUUGUCAAACCCAAAUUUAUGAGUUUAUUCAGCAAAAAAAUUCAGGGUAAAAUUCACUGGAUUUGAAAAAUUCAAAUCCAACCCAACUCGCUAGGUAUUCGCUGGUUCAUGUACAAAGAUGCAAUUACACAAGUUUUCACUACUAUUGUUUACCACAUACACACUAACUCACAAAUUAUUCAUAUUAAUGGUUUCAUAUUAAAGAUAAACAUCGACAAACAAUAUGAUUAAUUGACGUGUGAGGAAUUAGUUUAGAAUUAUAGUUAUUUUUUU